AUUCAUCGCCAUCAACAAAGAAAACCCCUUUAAAUAUUAAAUAAUUCCACCUAAAAACCCUUCAAACAAACAAAAUAUUUUCCCUCUCUCUCUCAUCGUCUCCUCCAAUCUUUAAAUCAUCAAAUGUCUUCUCGAAACCGCAGAUCAAGAACCAACCAACUCAGGAGAACAAUCCUUAUACUCGGUCUUCUUCUUGUUAUUUUCAGUUGCUGCAGUGGAGCUAGAACCACGAACAUGUUCAGCACGAGUUCACCACCCAAACAAGCCGACGUUGUUUCACCCCCUCAUCAUCACAAUCAUCAAGUACAAGAUCACAAAAAUGUACAGGUUUUGGGAUUCUUGCCACGUCAGUUUCCGGUUCCAGCUUCUGGUCCUUCCAGAAAACACAAUGACAUCGGUUUAAGUAGUACUACUAGGACUCCUUCUCCUUGAACCUGAAAAGAUUUGAUUAAUCAUUCUCCCUUUUUAUUUCGGUCUCCGGUUCGGAAUUUGGCCGACCGACUAUCCACCCGAAGGCGGUCCUGAGGCCCGAGAUACCAUUUUCAAGCUCGGUGGCCAAGUGCACUCGAACCCAGGGCGGGGACACGUUGCUUCGAGGAACGGGUACUCCUUCACCACUGGGCCAAGAGGACUUGGUUAAAUGGAACUUGUCUUUUUCUUACAUAACGUCAGUGACUCGCUGCCCUGGUCUUACAAGAUUGUAUAAAGUAUCAGUACUUACUGGUACAUGGCUUGCAUCUCUUGUUUGGUAUUGGACGUCUUGUUGUAGAUACUAUAACUUGGUGACCUGCAGCUGUAUUAAUCAAAGCAUGCGUGUGCCAAUGAAUAAAUUAAUAAGCAAAAUUGGCUUAUACGGUGUGAAAAAUGCUAGAGUG